AUGAACCACAUCUCAAUCAUCAAGACCGAUUCGCCAAGGACAAUUUUUUCCGCAGAGUCCCAAGUCUGUUUGUUUUGGAUAUCGCCAUCCUUGAGGUUUUCCAAUUCCAAUGCUCCGAAUGCUCCGGAUGGCGAUCAUCUGAAUUCGAUGGCUUUAACCGUCGUACCUUCAGGGGUUGUUCCUCGUUCUUUGCCGCCACCCCUUCCUCGUGACUCACACGAGUUGAAGGCAGUGCUCGCAGCUCAAGAUGUGGAGGCGAAAGCUCUGAAGGCUCAGCUGGCAGAUGCGCAGCGGGAGAGUAAUCGCCUGCGGCACAAACUCCGAGACGUGGAGAGUGAACUGCAUGUGGCCAGCGAGGCCACGACUUCCGCGACACAACGCCUCAGCGCGCAUGCGGAGCGGCAAGAACUCUUACUCUCUGCAGGUGUUGAGCGAGGUGGUGUUGAGCGAGUGAAGCUUGAAGAAGAGCUUCAGCACAUGGAGCGUAUGCUGUGGGAACGUGACCAGGACAUUCGAACGUUGAGACAUCGAGCUCAAGAGCUGGAGUCUCACCAGUUGCACCUGGAUGUGGAGAUGCGUGGGCUGCAUGCCGCCAAAGAGAACUCCACCUCGGAGGCACAUCAGCUGAGUGGUGACAUUGCCGAACUUUUGCACAAGAAACUGCAGAAGGUGGAAAAAGGCCAUGAAGCUGUCACUGAGAGUGGCGUCAGCCAGGUUGCUGAUUCACUCGGCUUGGUAAGUACCUUGUCGCAGCGGGAGGCCAAGAGAUUGCAAGAGACCACCAAGUUGCUGGAAACGAAGCGGCAGGAGCAUGCAAACUUCCAACGUCGAGCAGACCAGGUGGCCGCAGAAGCUCGGCGCCUCGAAGCAGAAGAAGCAUCGCUCCAGCACCGGGUCCAUCUUUUUGAGAAGGAGCUGAGGCAGAAACAGGGGCAGAUGGAGCAGCACGACAAGCAAGCUGUGCACGACGGGGGCCUUUUGCGUGAGCACAUUGAAGAGCUACGACAUGCGGUCGCCAAAGAGCAAAAAGGUUUCAUGGCCGCGGAUCAUUGCGCCGCCUUGAAGACACAUGUGUCAGAAGAGACGCGUGCGGCAAAGCAAGAAGUCCAGUCGAUUCUGAAGAUGAUCCCUGAAUUGGACGCAGCCCUCCGAGCUCGAAAACAGCAUGUCUACAGCGCGGAGGUGUCUAGCGACUCCGUGGAUGUGGCCCUGCAUGCAGUGCUUCGCGCUGGGACUGUGACUCCACCCGGUUUGGUGUGUCGCCUUGGCUGGGACCCAAGCUGCCGCUUGGUGACCCAUGGUGACCCAUGGCAUUGCAUCUUGAGCAAAGAUGCCUUUGAGUACUACGCCAUCGAUUCCAUCGAUGGCCCAUUGGGAAAGCCUCUGGCACGAUUUCCCAUGAUCUCCAGCAGUUGCAUGGAGUGGAUUCCUUCAGGCCUGAAACUCCGGCAUGGAGCGCGAGUACUUACCCUGCGAGGAGCCGAUGACACCAUUGCUGAAUGGAGGAAGGCUUUACAGCAUGCGCUGAGCUUAUCGCAAACUGCAUCGCUCCAGCUACGAGUUUUCGGUUUCCGGGAGCAGCUGUGUCAUGUGUUGGCCGAGACAUCCUGGCGUGUGCGCGAUGUGAAGGCAGUGAUCAAAUCAAUCUGUGGAGUCCUUCCAUCAGAGCAACGCUUGAUUUACGAGAUGGACCUCUUGGAAGAUCCUGUGCUUCUGACAGAAGUUCUUCCCCUUGAGGCAGGAAGGCUUCACGACAUCGCUAUGGUACGCUGUCCUCCAGCAGUACAGAUAUCUGGAGGAGCGGUCAUGGAGCGCCACGAAGCAUUGAAAGCGGUGCGACACGAUUGGCGCCACCUUGGGGAAAUGCAAGAGAUCUACAGGCAAGAUCGAGAGAUUGUGAUGGCAGCAGUUGCGCAGGACUGCAUGGCGCUCCAGUUUGCUUCAGAUGAUCUGCGAGCUGAUCGAGAAGUGAUUUCAGCAGCAGUCCAUCAAUCUGGUUCAGCAUUGCAAUUUGUGGAUGAAGCUCUUCGAGAAGAAGUUUUGUCCAGCGCCGUGGGCUAUUGA